ACGGUCGCCCUGCGGUCACACUGUUCGCCCGUCACGCACUUCGUCGUCCAUUUUUGAGAAUCGAGACGAAAAUUUGUAAAUUAAAGAAGGCGAGUCGCAGACGUCGAACACCUACUGACAGUGCAUUUCAGUGGCCUUUUGAAUACUGCUCAAACAACCAGCCAGCAACAGCAAUACUAAUUUCUACCCGAAAUAUAUAGAUUAACCCCCUCAACUGAAGUUGGGCCGUGAAUGUGCGUGCGUAUGUGCCAGCGGAGUAGUGGCACAAUAAAAAAGUAAAUAAAGCGCGUGUGAAGUGGUGCAGAAAGCGAAAAGAGAGCCGCAAGAGCCAGAAAAUCCAAUUAACGUAUCCGACGCUCGAUCAUCCAUCUGCAGCAUCCAUCAUCCGACACCGAGGCAAUAAUCAGCAGCAGCUACCUACAAUCUAUAUCAAUCCCUCAGAAGAACCCCGGGAAGAAGAACCUCAAUCAUAGCGAUGGCCUGUGCAACCCUGAAACGCGCCUUAGACUGGGAGUCGAUGAACCAGCGUCCUCCGAAGCGCCGGCGCUGCAAUCCGUUCGGCCAGGCCGGGAGCAACGCAGGAACAGCGUCCCCGUCCCGCGACCGCGACGGUCCCAGCACCUCGGCGGGACUGCCCCACACGCCCAGCAAUCGAUUCGCCAAGGACAACACCGAACCCAGUCCGUUCAGCGAGGCCUCGCUGGCCAAGAUGUCGCCAGACAAAAUGGCCGAGAGCUUGUGCAACGAGAUCAAGAGACUGCACAAGCGCAAACAGCUGCCGAUCACCUCGUCGGCCUUGGAGCGCAUGCAGGACUCGGAGUCGAGCGGAUCGGAGAUGGGCCCGGAGAGCCCGCGCCGCCCGGACAGCCCACCGAACCUGAUGCGGCACGGCGAGAAGGCCCUGUUCACGUUCAAGCAGGUGCAGCUCAUCUGCGAGAGCAUGAUCAAGGAGCGGGAGAACCAGCUGAGGGAGCGCUACGAGUCCGUGCUGACCACCAAGCUGGCCGAGCAGUACGAUGCCUUCGUCAAGUUCACAUACGAUCAGAUACAGCGUCGCUACGAGGCAGCGCCUAGCUACCUGUCGUAAGGCUGUGCAGGUCCUCGAGCCUCACAGUAAGGAAAUUAAUAAUUGCACUACGAUCUUAUGUGACGGUAGAUCUACCGCGACAACAACAGCCCUCAUUUAAAACUAAAACAACAAAACAAAUAAGGAAACUAAAGCAAACGCAAAACAAACCAACAAAAAAACCUAAAAAACGCAAAAAAAAAAAAAACAAAACAAACAAACUACAACAUACAUCGUGUUUAAUAUAUUUUGAAAUACACGCGAAGAAAGCAGUUAUAGUUUAUGCCUAGAUUUACAUAUAUAUUGUAUCGGUUAGCAGCAAAGGGAUGAAUUAUUUAACAGCAAGCAGAAAAAACAAAAGAAGAAAACCAAGAAAUCUUGUUAAAUUUAUGUUUUUCACAUAACGAAAAUUCUAAAUAAAAGGACAAAUAUCUGAUAUGAAGAACUAUAAGCACACAGCCACUGCAGACAUAUAUGGUGCAUCCGUAGAGAGAACGAUUCAAUGAAACCUCAAACGUAGCUUCGUACAUAACAGACCGACAGAAUUGGUAAAUAUAAUGUUAGGUACAUGUAGCAUUAAGGUAUGAUGUAAAACGUAUCAAACUAUAUUGUUUUUGAAAUAGUUAUUUAUGAGCGGAAGGCCCCGAGCGAAUGGGGCGAACAUUAAAUCAACAAAGAUAACUCACUACUCAUGAAGAACACUUUUCAUAGUUUAUUUUUGCAUAUUAGUUGUACUGAGGCGAGAAACGAACGCUUUGUCUAUUUUCUCGAGUAUCGUUUGUUAAUUGUUUCUUCCUUUGAUGCAAAUUAUGGCAAAGUAAUGUAAACACACAAAACAACUGAAAUGUUUCGAUUGGCUUUGCAAAAUACGGAAAAGAAUACCGAAAAAAGAUAACACAAAAAAA